GAUGAUGCAGUCCCGACGAAAAAGGGUCACGAUCGUGUGUUGGAACCACAGGCGAGCACAUCUACAUAUGUUCCUACCAGCCAGGGCUUUCCUUCUGUCAAGCACACUGAAUGCCAAAGAGAACAUAAAACAACUGUGUCUGCUGAAGUGAAAGCCAAACCACUAAUGCAGUCUGUAGGAAUUCAGUGUACUAUUCUUCCAUCUGCUGCCACACAGACAGGACAGGUACGGAGCAAAGGCACACAUGCAACAGUUUCCUUUACAAGUGUGAGUACUGAGACAGCAAUAAAGGCAUCAACAUCUGGACUCGGUCCAACACCAGUUAAAAGGCCGAAGACAGAAUUGCUGGAUGAGGAAGAGAUUCCAACACAUUUAUCAGAAAUUCAACAAACUCGAGAUUCCUCAUAUGAGGCUGGUGACUCUGUUGCAGAGCCUUCUGAAACAAGUGGGAUGGACAUCUCUCGUGAUUACACCGAUGCAAAGUACAUUGUUUUUGAAAGCUGUCUCAGAGAGCUUUUUAAAACAUGCCCUUUUUGCAAGAAUGACUGCAAUGUGCAGCGUCAUCGGCUUGGGACAUUUGUGUCAUUCUGUCAGGUCUGCGAACACUGUCAAUAUACCAAAAAAUGGCAGAGCCAGCCCAUGAAAGGAAGCACCCCAGUUGGAAACCUGCAAAUGUCAGCAGCAGUGUAUUUCACCGGUGGAUCAUUUAUUCAAAUGCAUAAGAUUUGCAGAGCUAUGAAUCUACAAAUUCACCCCUUCAGAUCAUUCAGAACGCAUGCUCGGAUGUUUCUUGAACCAGCCGUAUUUCACAAGUGGAAGAUGGAUCAGCAGGCCGUGUUCCAGUCACUACAACCGUUGGGCAAAAUUGCACUGAGUGGAGAUAUGCGUGCGGAUUCUCCAGGACAUUCUGCCAAAUAUGGCAGCUAUACUUUAUUGCAUCCUGACAGCAAUAAAAUUCUGGACAUUCAACUAAUACAGAGCAAUGAAGUUGGAGGCAGUGCACACAUGGAGAAGGAAGGACUCAGAAGAGGUCUGGAUCAUCUAGAGUCCAACCAGUUACAAGUAGAUUACAUUGUGACUGAUCGCCACACCCAGGUGCAGAAAUAUCUGCUGGAGAGAGAGAUCAAACAGUACUAUGAUGUUUGGCUCCUCCAGAAGGGGAUAUCUAAAAAAUUAGAAAAAUUGUCAAGAAACAAAGACUGCCAAGUGCUGCGAAACUGGUUGGUGGCUAUAAAAAAUCACAUCUACUGGUCAGCCAUGUCUUCCACCGAAGGACCAGAGAAAGUUGCUAAGUGGAAGAGUUUAUUAAAUCACAUUCAGAAUGUCCACAUUCAUGAAGAUCCAGUAUUCCCCAAGUGCGCUCAUGCAGACAGAGUGACCAGAGACCCUAGUAAAUGGUUAAAACCAGGUACCAUGGUCCUGUAUAAAGUGGAGAAGCUGCUCAUGAACAAGAGAGUUCUCCGCGAUGUGGAAAAGCUGAGCCACCAACAUCAAACUUCAGCUCUUGAGGCGUUCCACCGUGUCAUUCGGAGAUUCGUCCCCAAGAAUGUCGUUUUUCCUUUUAUUGGAAUGCUAUGCAGACUGUAUCUUGCGGCAAUGCAUUUUAACGAGAAUGCUGAUCAUGAACAGGCAAUGAACUUGGAAGGCAAUGCUGUCUAUCGAAUAAUGUAUCCAGAAUCUAAGAAGGGGCAACCAAUUGUGAAGACAGAGCCUACUUUUGGAUACGUCAAAGAUCUGAUGAGACUGGUGUUUGUAGAGGUGUUUGAAGACCCUGCCUAUUAUUCUGAGGAACUACGAAAAGUACCCAUUCCAGAUUCCCCAUCAGAACAGUUUGACAGGCCGAAAAAGGAGGAUCUCAUUGCUAGACACGUGUCUAGGUUCAGUCCAGCGGUGGCCGGUAUCCAACAUAGUUCCCACCAGCAUCAGGGAACUCUUGCCGAAUCCGGAGGACAACACACGAUGGAAGGACCCCAGCACCAGCUGACUAAACUACGAUAGGCGAGAGACCUGAAACGUCUGGCAGCGUGGUGGAAUUGUUACAUAGUCAGUAAUGUAGCAUUUUGUAUUAUGUUCAACAAAUACUUUUUGUUCAUUUGUAUGAUAUAUUUUUGACCCUGAAAAUACAUUUUUCCAAUUAUUGAUAUUUAAAUUUAUUUUAUUACAAUGCGCACCUUGCUAGAUAAAUAAACACAAUUUACAAAGUUUAUUGUUUUUAUAUCUGUAUUAUUACAUAAUGAUAAAGUCUGAUUUCUGUUUUCAUAAUUACUCACUCCUCCUCUCUUCUCCUUCUAAGUGGGCCAUCGUCAGCUCUGUAAAUGUUAUUUAUGUUCUGAAGUGUAUAGACAUUUAGGCAGUUUGCAUCCGGUCCUGGAUGUUCUGUCAUACACUGUAGAGAGGUUGGCACCUGAGUCAACCCUCUCCUUACCUUUAAAAAAAAAAAAAAUCAUAAAUUAUGUCAGCUAUGUAGUUUACAUUGUCAUUAAUUGCAAUUGUAAUUAUAUGAUGAGAUAUCAUAGGGACUAUGCAUGCAUGUAAUUGCAUCCUAUUACAGCAAUACACGUAGGUAUAUGGUAGGAUAAUACCUAAAAUGUUAUAUAACGAUACCAAAAGUUUAUAAAGGAAGGUGA